UCUUUCGGAAUGCAACGUCUGGGAAAUGAUACAACCCGGCGAUAUAUCGAAAUUCUGUAUACAUACAAAAGAAAUUGAUAUCGACAUAAAUUUUUUGUCAUCGUAACGUAACUUUCCCGUAGGACGAUCAGGAGAUUGUGAUAAUCCCUCGGAGUCGUCGAUAAUUCUAGUGCCGUUUACAAAUCAGAACUACGUCAGAUGAUUAAUUAAUGUUUUGCCCCGAAUAAAGUUCUGUCAGUUGAUAUGACAGUAGAGGGGCGAUAGGACCGUCAGAGAAAAUUGGACGCUCGGUCGUAUAAUCUCGAAACAGCCAGCACGUUGACAUUGUUCGCCAUGACGUAAAGUCAUCGUCGGCUUAUGUACCUCUCUGGAGAUUUUCGGUGUUCAUCAUAUUUGCCGCGCACGCGGCAAAGGUCGAACGACGAUACCUUACGAGCGCUUUUUACGAGCGAGACGCGACCCACGGGAGAUUUCCACGGUAAUAGUCGGCCAACCAACGAGGGAAAAAAAAAAGGAAGAGGAAAAUCCACACCUCCAGUACAUCAAGCCGUGCUCUGAUCGCGUUGCCUUUACGAGGCCAAUCGCGUUUAUCGGCUGUAAAACGCACGCGGCUGGCCGAUAGCGCUCCGCAGAAUCACUUUACGCACAUGAGAUAAGACCGAGUAUCGAGAGGCAGAAGGCAAUCGAUGAAAGAACGAGAUGAAUCAAUCGCGAUAAACACGAUUUAAAUUAAUAAUUAAUUAAUAAUUAAUGAAAUAAAUUUUGCAUUGAUUAUUAAUGCAAAUGCAAAGAAUUAUCUUGUAAAAUCACAUAAAAAAAAGAAGAAUUUUAGAGACGUGAUCAAAUCGAUCAUCGUAAUUCGAUAGAGAACAAGCAUAAAAGUUCGGCUGAAUGAAAACGAGACGGGAAUAGAUGAACGAUGUGCACGGCGAUUGAUAACCAUUGAGUACGCAGGAGACGUAGCACAAGGACGUAGAAGAAAUAAAAAUAGAGAAAGAGGGAGAGAGAGAGAGAGAGAGAGAGAGAGAGAAGAAGAGAGCAUGAAAGAAAAAGAACGAGGAAACAUGACGCGCGACUGAUCGACGGCGAUCGAGAGCGGCUCGUGAUCGACACGUCGCGGUCGAGAAUGGAGGAUAAAUUUAUCCGCGUUGCGAGAGGAAUGCGGCAGAAGCGACGAGGAAGAGUGUACACGCACCGCAGUCGCAUUUCCGAUAUAAAUUUAACGCGAUGAUUCGCGCGCUUUCACAAUUAACCGCUAUGGAGACUACCGAACUUAACUGGAGUACCAAGCAUAGUGGUGUAUAAAGGAAGCAGGUCGCAGGAUCGACCUGAGAGUCCCACGGUGGUGGUGCGAGGAGGAAUGCCCUCACUGCCAUCGUCCAGGCAAGGCCUCGCCAUAAGUGGUGGCUCCGGCGGUGGUGCGCUUCACCAAGACGCUUUGCAGUCGGAUAUGAUAGACGGGAAUGCCAACGUCGGCACCUCCUCGGCAACGAACACGUUCCACCGUUCCCCGCCUUCCUGUCCGCCGCCCGAUAAAUCGGAUACCGAGAGUAAAAACUUUCGCAAUCGGACAAACACGAAACUGAAGCUGUUGGUCAGAAGCCAUGCCAUGAGAGAGUCGACGUCUCCCCCGCGGGAGCCACACGGCAACGGUCCACCGUCGCCGCACAGUCCGCAAUCGGUAGACGGUGAGAAGAAGAUCGUAUGCGGCCUCUCGCCCAACUCCAACGGUGCCAAACUCAAUAACAACGAGUCCAUGUUCAACAGCAAUCUCGGUCCCGCUCAAUCACCCAAGCAAAUGCGCAACACAGCGACCUCGCCGACUUGUCGGACACCGUCGCGAAAUGGUCAAUCUAGUCCCUCUCAGAUACACUCACCAAAGAGCAUCACUUCUCCGACUAACGGCAAUAAGUUGGAGAACCAUCGCUCCAAGUUCGCGAGCGCGAAUAAUGUUCAGAAAUGCAAUAACUGCGUGAAGAACAAUCAAAAUGAGCGACCGGGUUUGCUGCAAACCCCAAUGUCGCCCUCCAAGUCCGGUCAAGUGUUGCAGCACUCGCCGAAGAGUACAAAUCUCGCUCCGAGCACGCAAAACAAUCAGCACAAAUCCGAGCAACGCAGGCCAAAUACGUUGAACAUCUGCAAUAAUCAAUGCUCAGCGCAAUGCGGUAACAUGCUGUCAGUGAGCAGGCCGGGGUCCAGGCACAAGUUAAGACAUCAGAAUUCUUCUCAGGGCAGUUACGAUAGUGCGUCACCAUGUCUCUCGCGCGAUAGUAGCACGGAGCUGUAUACAGACAGCACAGGGAUAGACCUCGAACAGUUCAUCGCGGAGACCAUAAAUCGCAAUCAAAAGGAUCGCACGGUACUCUUAAAGAUUGAGAAGGAUUUAAUCGAUUUUGCGAGAGACCGGCAGAAAGUUUCUCACAAAUUCCCGAAUAUGUCAUCGUACAACAGGAUGCUUGUGCAUCGAGUGGCAGCUUAUUUCGGCAUGGAACAUAAUGUGGAUCAGUCGGGUUUAAGUGUUAUCGUCACGCGAACGAAAAAUAUGCGGAUACCGGACACUCGCUUUAGAGAACACAUCAGGGACGACAUGAUCCUGUCGGAAGAGCCGCGAAGAAGUAUUUUGAAGCGGGACUCGAGCUCGUUCGAAGACAGUUUCAAUUUCAAAUCGCCGGAUAGAAUGUCGGGCGAUUAUUGUCGGCGCAGCAAGAGCUUUGAGGAACGGGAGGAAGAGUAUGAACGCGCCAGGCGAAGGAUAUUCAAGGACAGCAGUGGCGAGAGUAGCGAAGUCACAUCUUGGCCAUGGUCCUCGUCGGAGAGUUCGGACGUCUCGGCGAGGUAUCGCUUGCUACACCCUUCAGAUCACAUAAUGAGGCAUAAUCGAUUGCUAAAAGGUGAAUCUUUCGAUGGGAGAGAUUCGUUUCGCGGCGCGGUAUUGCGUCCAUCCGUUUCUAAGUCAUUCAGUUUUGGUGGGUACACUAAAGGUAUGCUGUCAAGAGGGGAUAGUGUCACAUCCACGCAUAGCGCCGGAGCUCGCCUCAUGAAGCAAGAUUCAGGGGCCAGUAUGUGUUCACGUUUGAGUCCAAGCCGCUCGAGCAGCGGCUACAAAUCGCAGAGCCAGCGUAGCGAUGCGACGAUAUCCCCAUCGCCAUCGCCCUCUCCUGUACCGGCCGCUAUGAUGACGUGUAGUCACACUCAAGUAUCUAGUCAGGAUCUAGGCUCGCCGGAGUUGAACGGCAGCCAAACUGUCAUGUGGGCAGUCAGUAGUUUGUCGAGCGUGCCACCCGGCAGUAUAAUAAUAAAUCCGCAGACCAAUCAACCGUACACGAAUCCGGAUGGUUCGAUUUAUCGCUACGAUCCGGAUAAUCCACCAAAGUUUUAUACCAUCGAGAACGAGAAUAACGCGUUGUCAUCCGCGACUAAUAAGCAACAGCACGAACUAUCCUCUGAGCCAUCCAGAACGCCGAACGGUCACUCCAAAAAUGAUGGCAAGAAACAACAGCGUUCAUCGCAAUCGAAAAUGAACACUGUUAACACAUCUGGAACCCAAGUGACGAACACAGCGACGUCGCCGAGCCUGCCGUUUACACCGCCGCCACCGCCGCCUCCACCUCCUCCUCCUCCACCUCCUAUUCCUGCUCCGGCUCCGCAGAAUCCACCCAUUCCACAACAGCAACAACAAGCGCAGCAGCAGCCACAGCAGCAGCAGCUACAGUCGCAGCAGCAAAAUCUAGUCAAAUCGUCAACAACAAUGCAGACGUGUAGUCAUACUAAUCAAAUAGUUCAGCAGUCGUACGCGACUUACAUACCUACCUCAGAACCGUACAACCAGGGUGUCUAUCCGCCCCCCAUGGGGCAACCAACUGUGAUGAUGGCGCCUCAUCCGACUCAGGGUCAAGCGAGCAUGCAGAACGGCGGGCAGGGGGAUGUUGUCUUCAAUCAGAAUCAAGUUUAUGCCAAUUAUGCGGUACCUGUACAUCAAGGACCAAUACCACAAUCAGGGGAUGUAACCGAAUUAUCUGGAUAUUUCCUGGGGAUGAACAUCUACGAUCAACGUGGCAGCGUGGACAGCCAUCCGACAACUCCGCACUCUACGUAUCCACAACCGCCGCCAUCUACAAACCAGACCGUACAGAACAUGCAAACGGUACAGCCGAAUUAUUGGCAACCAUCGCCAAAUCAAAUACCGCCUCAACAGACCAUGUACUUUAUGCCUCCACCCGGAACGGCCAUCUCCGUCGGUCAGAAUCCGGGAGACAGGCAACAUCUACAUCAGCAACAGAGGUUUCCGACGAAUUAUUCCUUCAAUGCGCAAACGAUGACGCCUCCGAGCCAAACAAAUUCUAAUUACGUGGGCAGUUACCCGGUAUCUUACAAUUCGAUGCCGGCAGUAACUCCAACACCGGGCGACUAUACGUAUCAACCUCCAGUCCAUAUGGUUCCUACAUAUUAUCCGCCAGGACAGCCGGCAAUGCAACCGCCGCCCGUAAUGUACAGAGUACCUACACCACCAAAUACGCCGACGUCCAAUCAAAUACCUGGUAUGCCGUUGAUGUACGUUAACUCGAGUAGUUAUGCGGCUCCGAUGAUGUCCGGUGGGACAUUUGGCCACCAGGUCGCUCAUAACGGCACGUCCCCGGCACCGCCUAGCGCAUAUAUGGCACCCACGCUGGUUCCCAAUCUCGUCUUCAGACAGAACGUUCCUGUCGUCCCCGGUGUACGAGCGACAACGCCAGGUAAUUCCCAACGAGCUAGUCGGUCACCAACUCCGGCGCAUGAGCUCUUUGGAGGUGGAAGCGGAGACAGAAGCGCACAACCUCAACCACGUUACCCACUGCCAAUGUACCAGGGUGUCCAUAUCGUGCAAGGGGAUAUGAGAUUGAUGCAUCCUGGCGUACCAACCAACCCCCGGUUGCAGUAUGCACCAGUAUCAUCACCGCCUGUUGUUCAAGGUUGCCCGCGACCGUACAGGCCGCCCUCUUAUUCGUCUAACACCUCGGGGGCCGGCACGCCGACUUCCUUCGAUGGCAGAAAUCAGAAAAUUCGCAAACAGAGGUCCAAAGUAAUGUCUUUGCCACCGAGCGGCGCACGGCCCAAUCUCUAUCAGGCGCCUUCCAUGCCAUCACUCUCGUCAAACAUACCCAAAGACAUCAGAGAAGGAACGGUAAAGGUGACAAUUACCCGACGGAAUCAGCUGGUACAAUUUUGAGUAAGCGGACCGGUAGGAUAACAUCCAUGAUAACGCGAGUCACAGUCCUGAUUAUCCAACACAAACGAGAUUAAUAAUGUUCUUUAUUAUUCAGAAAUACUACAUGUGUGUGUAUAUGUAUGUAUGUAUGUAUGUAUGUAUAUGUAUAUAUAUAUAUAUAUAUAUAUAUAUAUAUAUAUAUAUAUAUACAAACUACAUAUUAAUUAUUGCCCUAAAUUAUUUAAAGAGAGUCAAGAGUUACUAGGAUACAAUGUAUGCAUACAUGUAUUCUAAGUCAAAUGUAGUAAUGAAGAUAGUAUACUGUAACGCG